AUGACUUCAAGACAACGCAUAGAUAGUCCUCGCGAUCCACUUCUUCACUAUGGAUCUCAGAACACUACCAGUUCCGAUACCAAUGGGUCUGGCAAUGUGCACAAGAACACUACAUUUAAGGACAGAAUCAACUCGAUCCAAUUCGCUUCUAUAUCCCUCGAGAACAAGGGAUCGGUGGCCAGAGACCAUAUGGCAAACGAAAGAACAUUCUUAGCAUGGCUCCGAACCUCGCUAUCGUUCAUCACGAUCGGCAUUGGUAUCACCCAAUUAUUCAGAUUGGAGGAUAAAUCGUCCAAGGUUCUGAUUAACCGUUUUAUCGUCGAGUUAGACGACAACAGUCAUGUAAUCACCGAAUAUGGCAGGCCAUUGGGAUGUCUUUUCAUAAUUUUGGGUAUACUAACAUUGCUCUUCGGAGUGAGUCGUUACUUCAAGGUCCAGCACAUGUUAGUAAAGAACUACUACCCGGCUACAAGAUUAUCGAUCAUAAUAUUGAUAUCACUUCUUCUAGCAGUGGUAAUAUCGACUUUUGUUAUGGUUAUAAAGUCAUUUGUAUAG